UAAUCAUAUGAGGAUAUAUACAUGUAACAUGUAACGUCCAACAACGUGUCAUACGAGAUUAUUAAGAUUUUAGAACUCUCUGACUUAUACUGAUUUAACAGAUAAAAAUUCUUUGUCAUGGACGCAAAAAAGGUACAUGUUGCGGAUGGGGUCGGCAAUGAGUAUGAUUUGAUAGACGUUGACGGUAUAUAUUUCCCGGCUUAUUUCGCCGACGAUCCAGUGCAGAGAAUAAAUGAAAUCAGAGACAUGCCCUGUAAAUCUGAUGAUGUCCUAAUUGCAGCAUAUCCGAAAGCCGGUACGCACUGGGUUUGGGAAAUUACGAACAUGUUGCUACAGGGUUCAGCCGAGUAUCAUAAAGCCAUGAAAGAGGCUCAGAUGUUAGAACUUACAGGCGCUAGUGGUGUUGACUCCCUGGAAACACCAAAUGUGUUCAAUACUCAUCUACGCUUCAGACAACUACCCACAGACUUCAAAGACAAGAAAUGUAAGAUCAUCUAUGUUACUCGGAAUCCCAAGGACAUGGCUGUGUCAAGAUAUUGCCAUAAUACGAAAGGCAAUGUUGCUUACAAAGGCACAUUCUCAGAUUAUUUACCUCUAUACUUGGAUGGUAAAGUUGCAUUUGGAUCCUGGUUUGAUUACACAACAGAAUGGAACAAGACGAUCCGAGAGGAGGCGAGUUACCCAAUACAUACAGUAUGUUAUGAAUUGUUAAAGAGAGAUAGCUUUAACCAAGUACAGAAGCUUGCCAAAUUCCUUGGUGUGAAGAUAGAUGACUCUACUAUACAAGAUAUCUGUGAUAAAUGUAACUUUAACAAUCUGAAAGAAGGAUAUACGAAAUCUAAGAACAUUUUCGAUGAAAAGAAUAGGAACCCUUUAUCAUAUACAUUCAGAAAAGGAGAAAUAGGUGACUGGAAAAACUGGUUCACUGUUGCUCAGAAUGAGCAAUUCGACGAAGCUAUGCGAACAAAGUUGACAGAUAUUGACGAAACUUUUACUUUUGAAUGACAGUGGAAACUUUUGUUUAAAAACGAUAACAUAUCAACGCAUGUAGUAAACGUGAAGAAACGAUAAUUUAAUUUUAUUCUGUGUUUGAUUGGUUUAUACAUGUAUAUAUUGUCUAGUUUUUAUCUCAACGUCUACUAAAGAAUUAUCACGAAAGGCACGUGUGAUUGCUUUGUUGAUAUGUAUAGAAUACUAAUAAAAUGGUGCUGAACAAAUAACAAAAUUA